CUUGCCAGAAACCCCGAGUGAAGUAGAUCAAAAAUCCCCAGUGGUUAUCAACCAAACUCCACGAGCUAUCGCCAGCCGUUUUGCUUUAAGAAGUCUUCCGUGCAAACUUGGCAGAGAACACGCAUAAUGGAGGAACAAGUCACCAGGCUCGUGGAUAAGGUGUGGGACAAGUAUCUCAAGACACCGCCAGAGCGCCGGCUAAUGAUAGCCAUAGGCGGCAUCCCCGGCUCCGGCAAAACCACCCUCUCCCAAACCCUCACCGCAGCCCUCAACGCCCGCCACGCGACCCUCGACCCCUCCUCCCCCUCCCAGACCGCCCACCCCAUCGCCGUCUUCGUCCCCAUGGACGGCUACCACCUGACGCGGGCCCAGCUCUCCGCCAUGCCCGACCCGAUCACGGCCCACGCCCGCCGCGGCGCCGAAUUCACCUUCGACGGCGCCGCCUACGCGCGCCUCAUCGCCGCCCUGCGCUCCGCACCCCUCCUCCCGAGCUCGGGGGGCGCGGCCGCCACCACCAUCCUGGCCCCCUCCUUCGACCACGCGACCAAGGACCCGGCGCCCGACACCAUCGCGGUCCUGCCCUCGCACCGCGUCGUCGUCGUCGAGGGCAACUACGUCCUUCUGGACCGCGAGCCCUGGCGCUCCGCGGCGGCGCUGUUCGACGAGCGCUGGUUCGUCGACGUCGCCGACGUCGCCGUCGCCCGCGCGAGGCUGCGCCGCCGCCACGUCGCCGCCGGCAUCGCCGCCACCGAAGAGGAGGCCGACCGAAGGGCCGUCGAGAACGACCUGCCCAACGGGGAGGAGAUCGUGCGCCUCAGGCUGCCCGCCGACGAGGUCAUCGCCAGCAGGGAGGAUGGGGCGUGGGUGCAUGUGUGA